AAUCUGACUGCUCUCAUUUUCUACAUAAAUGCGACCCUCGUCCAGGACGCUGUGGCCCCGGAACCAUGGAAGGGAGUCCGCGACGCUCUGCAAGACGGAAACAACUGCCCGCAAUUCAGCGGCGACGCCGCGGUCGGCGACGAAGACUGCCUGUUCGUCAACGUGCACGCCCCGCGCCGCCCGUCCUGGCUGGCGGACUCCUUCCCGGUCAUGGUCUGGGUGCACGGCGGCGGCUUCGUCACGGGCUCCGGAGACGCCAGCGGCCUGGGGCCGGACUACCUCAUCUGCGAGGAUAUCAUUUUCGUCAGCCUUAACUACAGGCUGGGAGUGUUAGGGUUCCUGUAUUUGGAAGCGGCCUCUCCCGGGAACGUGGGGUUGAAGGACCAGGUCUUCGCAGAGCGCUGGGUGCAAGCCAACAUCGCGGCCUUCGGCGGGGAUCCAGGCAGCAUCACCCUCGCAGGCGAGAGCGCUGGCUCGGCCUCGGUGCAUCUCCAGAUGCUCUCUCCCAUGACCCACGGGCUGUUCCAGCGCGCCAUCGCGCAGAGCGGGGCGGGGCUGAACCCGUGGGCCAUCCAGACGACGCCCGUGCAGACGGCGCUGAACCUGGCGGCGGCGCUCAACUGCAGCGCGGGCGACGACUACGCGGCCGUGGUGGAGUGCCUGCGCGGCGCCUCGACCGACGCCCUCGUCCUGGCCGCCGAGAACGUCGCACCCACGCAAGUGGACCGAGACAGAAUGAUAUCGUUCACUUUUGUGCCAACACCUGAUUAUCCAGUUGAGGGAGUUGAAACGUUCUUACCAGCACCUGUUAACGAACUGGUCACUAAUAACUCACAUCACGCCGUACCCUACCUUACAGGUUUCAACACAAGAGAAUCUAUUCUCCAAUUAUUAUUCAUCGCAGCAUUAGUAGAUGCCACUUGGAAAUUAACAGUAUUACCUGAUCUCCGUGUCUCUUCGAACAGUUCCCAGGUUAAUGAAGCUUUGCAAGCCAUGAGAAGCUUCUUCAUGAACGGGGAAUCUCUAUCGAAUGACACAUUUUUGCAGUUUAUGGAUAUGCUCACAGACAUUGGAGCUGCGCAUGCGGACGAUAUGGGAUACCUCUUUCGCAUAGCAUUUCUCCAUGAUGUUCCGGCGAAUUCUUCAGCAGCCCUUGGACGAAAGCGUAUGGUGAAGAUGUGGAGUAAUUACGUCAAAACCGGAGAUCCGACGCCAACAUACGACCCCCUCAUUGGAGUACGCUGGCGUCCAUACACAAACGAUACACGCAACUACCUGGACAUCACAAGUCAGCUGGAAGCCAAAACGGACCUCAACGAAGAGCGCGUUAACUUCUGGGAACAGUUCUAUCGAACAUAUGCAAACGAAACAACG